GUCAGACGCCGGCAUUUGUCACGCCAUUGCAAAAUUGUGUUUACAAAUUGCAAAAUAUAAUUCAACGAAAAGAUGCCUGAAGACCCAGAACCUGUUGUAACUGAAAAGCGGACGCAUUUGCCGUGGAUUGAAAAGUAUCGACCCGCAAAGUUCAACGAGAUCGUGGGCAACGAGGAUACGGUGGCGCGUCUCUCCGUUUUCGCAACGCAGGGUAAUGCACCCAACAUAAUUAUAGCUGGUCCUCCUGGCGUUGGCAAGACCACGACCAUUCAGUGCCUGGCCCGCAUCCUUCUCGGAGACAGCUACAAGGAAGCUGUGCUAGAGUUGAAUGCCUCGAACGAGCGCGGCAUCGAUGUGGUGCGAAACAAGAUCAAGAUGUUUGCCCAGCAAAAGGUGACGCUGCCCAAGGGCCGGCACAAGAUCGUUAUCUUGGAUGAGGCAGACAGCAUGACGGAGGGCGCACAGCAGGCGCUGCGUCGCACCAUGGAGAUCUACAGCAACACCACACGCUUCGCCCUGGCCUGCAACACCAGCGAGAAGAUCAUUGAGCCCAUCCAGUCGCGCUGCGCUAUGCUGCGAUUCACCAAGCUCUCAGACGCCCAGGUGCUGGCCAAGCUGAUCGAGGUGAGCAAGUGGGAGAAUCUAACCUACGAUGCAGAGGGUUUGGAGGCGAUCGUCUUCACUGCCCAAGGUGACAUGAGGCAGGGUCUCAACAAUUUGCAGGCCACUGCCCAGGGAUAUGGAAACAUUAGCAUGGAGAACGUGUUCAAGGUGUGCGAUGAGCCGCAUCCCAAACUGCUGGAGGAAAUGCUGCAUCACUGUGCCGUAAAUGACAUCCACAAGGCCUACAAGAUACUGGCCAAGCUGUGGAGUCUCGGCUACUCCCCGGAGGACAUAAUUGGCAACAUAUUCCGGGUCUGCAAGCGGCUCAACAUCGACGAGCAGAUGAAGCUGAACUUUAUUCGAGAGAUCGGCAUCACGCACAUGAAGAUUGUCGAUGGCAUAAAUUCCCUGUUACAGCUCACAUCCCUGCUGGCCCGACUUUGCAUUGUGUCUGAGUCGCACUAGUUCCAAAAGAUGCCAAUAUUUAUAUAAAAUUAAUCUAAGAACAAUGAAUAAUCAUUUGGAAAGUUAA